AUUCCCGUCGCGGGGCGUUUGGCCGUUUCCGGGUUGAGGAAGGCGGUUCGUCUGAAAGGCAGCAGUUGGGCGAAGUUUGGGUUUGGAGGUGGGGGUCGUUGCGAUGUACCACAGCAGCACGCAGAGGCGCUACUGGACUUUCCGUAGCGAGGAGGAGUUGGGCCGCCGGCGCUCGGACGCCAACCGCAAGUUCAGAUGCAAAGCGGUGGCCAAUGGCAAGGUUCAACAGACAGACUCCUUUCUUCUUGACCCACAUGAAGAGCUGAUAAUUUGUAAAUAUUAUGAAAAAAGAUUAGCAGAUUUUUGCUCUGUAUUUAAACCAGCAAUGCCCAGAUCUGUUGUGGGUACAGCCUGCAUGUAUUUCAAACGUUUUUACCUCAAUAACUCAGUAAUGGAGUAUCAUCCCCGCAUAAUUAUGUUAACCUGUGCAUUCUUGGCUUGUAAAGUAGAUGAAUUUAAUGUAUCUAGUACACAGUUUGUUGGUAACCUUCGUGAGAGCCCAGCAGGACAGGAGAAGACUUUAGAACAGAUCUUGGAAUAUGAAUUACUACUUAUUCAGCAGCUGAACUUCCACCUUAUAGUACAUAACCCUUACAGACCAUUUGAAGGCUUCUUGAUUGAUUUGAAGACCCGUUAUCUAUUGCUUGAGAAUCCUGAGACGUUGAGGAAGACAGCAGAUGACUUUCUUAAUCGGGUAUCUUUGACAGAUGCAUGCCUUCUCUUUACACCUUCUCAGAUAGCUCUCACUGCUUUGGUAUCAAGUGCAUCCAGGGCAGGAUUUAAUAUGGAAAGUUACUUGUCAGGAAACCUAAUGCUUAAAGAGAACAAAGCAUCCCUUUCGCAGCUGCUAGAUGGAAUGAAAUGCAUGAAAAAUCUGGUAAAAAAAUAUGAGCUACCACAUUCUGAAGAGGUUGCUGUUCUAAAACAGAAGCUAGAAAAAUGUCACAGUCCAGAACUUGCUCUUAAUACAAAUACGAAAAAGAGGAAAGGCUACGAAGAUGAUGAAUUCAUCAUAAAAAGAUCCAGAAUGGAGGAGGAUGAAUGGACAGAUGAUGAUUUCAUGGACUAAUCUAUCUGCAUUCCUAAUAGAAAAUAGAAUCUGAAUCCUAAUUAAUAUACUUCAUUGAAAAUAAAACCAGGCAACAUGUUGUAC